CCAAACACCGUAACACACCCGAUCAUUUACACUCUCUCCACUUCACCGAGCCAAUCUCUUGUUUCGCACUUUCUCUCUCUUUUCUCUCACGCUAUCUAUAUACAAAUUCGCACACAGCUAAUCCCUGCCAGUGUCCCCAAAACGAGAGAGAGAGAGAGAUGAAUUUGGAGAGUGUGGGUGGAUUGGCGGUUCAUGAAAUUCUGACGAAGGUGGGUCCGACAGGGGCAGCAUCGGCUGCCAGCGUGAGCAAGAGGUUCCGGGAUUGGACUGCCGACGAGUCUAUCUGGUCCAAGUUCUGCGCCGACGACCUCCAACUCUCUGUUCCCGAAGACCCUUUUGGCAAUCCCAUCUCCACUUUCAAGGAAGCUUAUAAAAUAUGGCGGGAAUCUUUUGGUAUGUAUCCUUGGCCUCUGGUUAUGCGAGUAAGAAGAUGUUGGGCGAGACUUAAAUGCUGGUUGUCGGAAAAUUUCCCUGAGGCGUUGGCUACACUGCGUAAAGGUGCAUCUGAGGAUGAGAUAAAGGAGUUCGAAAAAAAAUUGAAAGUAAAACUGCCUCUUCCCACAAGGGUUCUGUAUCGUUUUUGUGAUGGUCAAGACAUAUUGAGCAAAAAAAUUAGUGGAGGCAUGUUUGGAAAUCCAUUGGGCCUCAUAGGUGGCUACUGCUUUUAUGAAAGCCUAGUUAACGUGUACUUGUUACCUUUGAGUCGGAUAAUCCUAGAAACAAAGGAUAUCGUACAUCAACUUGGAUUUAGUCGCAGAUCCAAAUAUAUUGUUGUUGCAACUUCUUCCACUAACACUGAAAAGAUUUUCUUCCUUAACUGCACCAAUGGCCAACUCUGUGUUGGUACCCAGAAUCUUGCAACUGAUGGGGAAAUGAUUCCUUGUGUGCCAAAUGCAUUGUUAAGUUCUGUACAUGAUUCUGGAGGUAGUCAACAACAGGAUGCCUUGCUAUUAUGGCUGGAAGAACAUGGUCACCGCUUACACAAUGGCAUUAUUAAACUUCGCGAAGAAGGAAAAAUCAGAAGAAUCAACCAGUUCCCAGAGGAAGCUCCACACUGUUCCACUGCAAUAACAAAUGGUGUACAGGUAACCCUCAAUGCAAGAUUCACAAAUCACAAAAGGCCUUCUCUAUCUGUGGGGAGGGGGUGUUUGCACUGGAUUUUAUUACAAUCUGCACAUAUCCAUGCCAAUCUGUAGCGAAGGGGAUGUUACAAAUGUAUUAGGAAGGAAGGCUUCAGUGGGCCUCUUAAGUUGCGUUGGCUGCACUGUCAGUGCAUUGGGUUGAGUAAUAUUUUAAUUCUGGAAUAUUCAAUUUCAAAGUCCAUUAGUAGGUCCUGGAAAGAGGGCAUCACCUAAGUUAUAUUGGGGCCAGAGAUGGCUGAAAUCAAUCUUGUAAACCGGUGUGCCUUGCCCUAGGCUGCUGUACUGGCCAACUAUGGGGUCAAAAGUAACUUUAAUAACUGGGGUGGUGGACCCCUUUCACCUAAAAUUGAGUCGUAGGCUACUAAAAUCAAAGAGGAGUGGCUUAGCCGGUAUCUCUCUCUCUUCUUCAGUGUUUGAUAGGGAUUUGUAUCCUAUAUUAACAUUAGGCUGCUUCUUAAGCUGUUUUUCCUAACAUGGAGUACCAAAAGAUAUAUGUAGAAAUUCUAUUAUUUUUUUAAGAAGCUAAUGUCCCAUGCCAUCUACGAAGGCAAGCA